AUGAGCCUUGCAGCCAACAGCAUCAACCAGUCGAAUACCAGAUCACUUUCCAGAAAUAAUGUGGCCUCCCGGCUUUAUGCAACAGUAAAGCGAGAAAUUCAACUCGCAUAUUUGCUCAUGAAAAGCAACUUCGACGCAGCCUCUUCUCCUUUCCCCAUAUUCACAACAGCCUCGUUACUUCACAGCAGAGCAACCUAUGAAAAAGCCUUAUCUUCUCUGGCCUGUGCAAUCAUUUACGGUAUGCUUUUCCAUUACACCAUCGACUUGGCCAACCACGCUGAAGGGGCCGAGAAUAAACAUGAAGACAAAAUCAACAAACCAGACCGACCAAUCGUGCAGUCUCAAACUACCAUAUCUGCAACAAAAUAUCGCUUCUACAUUGUAUCCGCGACAUGGCUUCUCUUGAGCUACGCCUUAGACCUCUACAUCUGGUCCCUUCUCUGGAUAGUGGUUGUGGUCUUCCUCUAUAUUCUACACGCUUCGAGAAUCGGUCCAGCCAAGGACUUCUGCAUGGUUUUGGGUACACUCUCCCAACUCAUGGCCUGUUGGAAGCUGGGAGGCUCCGACAGUGUGGAUUCUGCUUGGGGAUGGGUCGUACCUAUCAUGGUAUGGGUUUUCUUCACUAUCCCCAUCCAGGACUUCCGCGACGUUCCUGGUGAUUUGGCUUCCGGGCGGAAAACCACACCGAUCCUUCUGGGGGAUGUUCCGGGUAUGUAG